AAAUAGCGUAAAGUUUACCAUAAAGUUUAUUACGACAUUAUUCGAAGUAAACAAUGUUAAUUAUAUUAAUCUUUAUACUUUCAUUGAAAAAGAUGAUUUUAUCAUUUCCUGAGGUAAUGGAUAGAUCAUUUAUGUUAAGUCUUUCAAACGACGUAUCAAAAGGUGGUGAUAAGUUAGACGAAUAUUUAAAAUCAUUGCCAUUAGCACCUUAUACUCUUAAAUCAGCUUUGUUAAUAUUUCCUAAAUCGGAAGUUAUAAAAUUCUUAGAAAAAUGUUGGCCAGAAAAUUAUGAUUGCAAUUUUAAAGACUUGCCAAAUAUUCCAGGAAGUUUAUUAUAUAAAAAGAAACUAUGGACAUUGUAUAAAAGAUUAAACAACAAAGAUAAAUUAGAUCACGAAAUGAAUACCAAUUUCUCUACUUACUUUGUCCCUUAUAAUUUUGCGAGAGCUUUUAACAUUUUUAACUCGGUGAUUAUUGAGAAAUUUAUGAGAAAUUGUUGGAUUUAUUAUAAAGAUAUCUUUCGAAAGGCUUUAUAUAACAAUAAUUUAAUAGAAUUACCUUGUAAAUUAGAAGAUAUACCUGAAAUAUCUUCAGAUAUUAUGGAUAGGUACAUUGGAUUUGAGAACUUUAGAUUAGCACUCUAUAAACGAUACGAAUGCACUAUUCUCCUUAAAGUUUGUCCAGUUGACGGACAAUGGGAAUCAUGGUCCGAGUGGACAAUUUGUAAAGAUUGUUCAAUUGAUUCUUUUCAGAUAAGAACACGUUCGUGCAUACGUUCCCAUUCUAAUGAGAGUCUUCCGUGUUUCGGUUCAGGAUACGAGAAGCAACUUUGUUCAUGUCGAAAAGCCAAUAGAAUUGAUAGAGACGCAAUUAACCAAAUGAAUGUUCAUAUAUUACCAUUUUUAAAAGGAAAUCGCUUUGGUAAAAUUUUAUUAAAGAUGUUGUAUUUGUUUUCAACUGAGCAAACUAGAAUUUUUUUAAAAAAAUGCUGGAAUUCAAGUUAUAUUUGUCAUAUGGAUGAUCUUCCAGAAACUCCUAGUUUUGAAUCCGUAUUUUUAAAUGUCUUUUCAACAAAUAAACGAAAAUUUAUCUAUGAAUUGUAUCUUUGCAUAAGAUUAAAUAAGACAAACGAAAGUUGUACAAAUUCUAUCAAAAACUUAACAACUACAUGGCCAAAAUUUGUAGCUACUCCUCCAGAUGUUCCAGAAUCAUUAGAAAAAGAGUUAAUGAUAUUAACGAAUGAAGAGAAGGAUGGAUUCUUAAAGAAAUGUUGGAAAUUUCCAUCUUGUGAUUUUGAUACUGUAUCUCAUUAUUUAAAACUUUUAUUUUGGGUAAAGAAUAAGGAUAUGAAUCUAAUAGAGAAAAGAACUUUAGCAAAAAACUUUUAUAAGUUAUAUCUAUGCUCAUUGAGACAAAAUGGUAAAUGGUUAUCUUGGUCAAAUUGGUCUAAAUGUAAUAUAUUUAAUAAAAGUAUUAGAAAGAGAAGCUGUAAACAGAAGAAUGAUUGCAAUAUUUGCUUAGGAGUAGACGAAGAGGAUAGGUAUUGCCCUGGUAAAGGAAUAAAACUUAGAAGAAAAAGAUCUCUUAAUAAUUAUGAUGGAUAUCUCGAUUUGGAAGAAUCUUUAAAGUGGGCUGAAGAAACUGUUUAUCGAUAUGGUUCCAAUACAAUAUUAAAUGGUAUUUGUCAAUUAAAAGGCGCAUUCGUUUGUAAUGAUAUUGAACUACAGAGAGAUAUCUAUCAACCAUUUCUUAGACAUUCGGCAGAUGUACAAAUGUUCUGGACUGGCUACGUUUGUUUUAGAACUAGGGAAGGAUGUCCAAAUUUGGUAAAUAGAAUCAUUUGGAGUGGUUGGACUAGUUGGUCGAGAUGUUCAACUGGAUGUGGCGAUGGCAUAAGAGUGCGAAACAGAGCCGGGAAAUGCGCACCAGAUAUGAAAAUCCUUUGCGACAACAACAUUGAAUCAAUGAAAUGUACAUCUCGCUCCUGUCUAAACGGUGGUCAUUGGUCAGAGUGGAAUAAAUGGGAAAACUGUAAAGGAACCUGUGGAGAAUCUUAUCGGAAAAGUUGUAAGCAACACUGGCAAGGUGGAUGGUCCGAGUGGAGUCAAUAUAUGAAAGAAUGUCAAGCAGUUUGUGGCAGUGGUAUAACAAUGAGAAUGCGAACAUGCUCUAGACCUUUACCCAAUAGAAAUUAUACUUGUAGUGGUCAAGGUUCUGAAAUAAGACCAUGUACUGCUAAGAGAUGCCCGAAUAUUUUUCUCGACUCAACUGGUGUAGUUAAAUUUAAUGGAUUAUCAAUAUUAAAAUUUGAACCAGCUUUAGAUAUACCUCUAAAAUUUCCUGCUUUGGUUUUAUCGUGCAGAUUGCUCACUCUGAAAGGUUCAGGCAUCUUAAAUAUCUCUGGUAUUGUUACAAAAGUUAAGGCUCAAGAGAUUGUUCCUGAAAAUGUUUGGUUAGAUAUAUCUUUCACAAUUUUCCAUAGUAAAAUGGUUCUUCAAGUUAACGGAAUAGACUAUGUGGCUCCUUUUGAGAAGUAUGGUUUAAAUACAAUGCAAACAUUAGAUUUCAACCAAUUAAUGUUUAUUGGUCGUUGUCCACUUUUCGAAACAUGCGAAGGUUUCAAUGGAAGUAUAGCACAUUUGAGAAUUCAACAGAGAGAACUGGUACUCCGUCCGGGAUCUACAACUUAUCACGGAUACGGAAAGCCAAUGAUUAUUGAUGGAGCUAAGCCUCCUACAAUAGUAGAAAGUGGGAAUAUAAAAGAAAUUUCCUAUCCAAAAUUAACUGGUUUUCAUUAUUUUCCAUUAAAAUUUGGUACUUGGAGGAGAUCAUCACCAAGUAUUAUAAAAAUUGAUUUUGAAAGUUCAGAUAAUGUAGGAGAUGGUAUUGUUCUACACAGCGCUUCCAGCUUAUAUGGUUUUAUAGUUGGACUAAAGAAUUUUCAAAUAAAAACGUGUGUUUAUCUCGUUCAAGACAUUCUAAUGAGACGAUGUAUUGUCAAUCCAACAAAAAUUAAUGCUUAUGUUAAUCUGGCGUUAUCUAUUCGUAUUACUCCUAAAGAUACUAUUGUGACUGUAAUGAUUAACAAUAGGAGAUCUAUGGUUCAAAAAUUACUUUUUCCUAGGCCAGUAAUCUUUGGACAAACAGUCUAUUUUGGUAAUACUGAACCACCGAUAGGAGGAUCAGUAAUGUUAAAUGCGGCAAAAGUAUUAAAUGAUAAUAAAUCAUUUAUGAUAAACGGAUUUCAUGGUUAUAUCCAUUCGAUCAUUUUAAAUUCUAAAACAUAUAGCUUGUAUGAUGGGUUACUUUAUAGUUUAGAUGGAAAAGCAAAAUGGCUGACUGGACUCGGAAAAGCUGCCAAUGUUGUAUAUGCUCCAGUAUUUAGAGAUAUUGAAACGAAAAUGGCUUGCGAUUUGAGUCAUAUUAUUAAAUUUGAUGAUACACUUAGCGUAAUCUGGGUCAAAGACCGUACUAUUCUGAAAGAGAGUACUGGUGAUUUUACUUUAGGUGAAGAUAGGGACUUGGGAUCAUACAUUUCAUAUUUACAACUAACUCCUCGUCAUGAAUUCUCCAUUUAUGAGGGAAUCUAUUCUUGCAUUAUCCGAAAUUCAAAUCUUGGUCAUGAUCAAAUUUUUAAAAGUUUUAUUAUAACUGCACAAUCAAGUCCAGAUGAAAAUAUACUUGAAGCAAAAGCUAAUGAUGAAAGCUUUCCUUAUACAUAUAUUACUAUUUUCUCUACUAUUGGCUUGGCAACUUUUUCGCUAUUUAGUUGCAUUUGCUGUUUUCUGUUUGCAAAAUAUGUAGAAUCUCAUCAAGAUGAUGUUGUCUGGCUAAGUAAUGUUCGGAAAAUACGUAUUUUAUCUAUGAUUGUAAGAUGUCAUUUACCUAAUAUUUUUGAUCAUCUGGAUGAGUUGGAAGCUGAUGAAAAAAUCACAAAAGUUGUAGAGAAUCAACCUCUUCUAUUCAAUCAAAUGAUGGAAAUGAGGAAAGAAUACGGAAAUUACGAUGGUAAUGAGGUGGAGGAUGAGGAAUGGACAGAAAACACAAUUCAGUAUGAUAGGAAUGCAUCGUUCGGACAGCAAAAUAAACUUAAUUCCAGAAAUAGCUUUCUACAGUCUGUUAAACGACUUUCAACUAAAGAUAGACCAAAUAUAAUUGAUACUAUUGGCCCUGAUGAACUUAACAUAAUUAAUAAUCGAGCUAGUAUUGUUGAUUCUCUUAAAUCAGCAUUAAAUCCUAAUAAAAGAGUAUAUGGAAAAGAGUUUCCUGAUUUAAUAGAUAAUUUUAAUGAAACAGAGGAUGGAUCAUUUGGCAUAAACUAUUUAAACGAGCAGAUAUCUCUCUUACCGCAAGCUAGAAAUUCAGUUUUAGAAGAGAGUAAUCGAAAGAUAACACAGAUAAACAACUUCAGAAGCUCUCUACCUAAAAUCCAACCAGAGUUAUCAAUUUCCCUCCCCACAAAACCCAUGUCUCCUCACUUCACUGGAAGUCAACUUUUGGAGAAUGAUAUUGCAUCUACUUUAAAUUCUAAUACAAUUGAAGAAAGUGCAAAAUCUGAAAUAUCAGAAUACCAAAAUUUAAUUGAAAAUAGCUAUAGCUGUACGAAAGCUUGUUCUCAAAAUUGUUCACUAAUCGACAAUGACAACAAAGAUUAUCAUGUUAGAAGUGUAAUAUCAAAUCCAUUGGAAGAUUUAUUGGAAAAUGAUACUGAAAAGUACAAGCUUCAAUUUCCAAUUACCCCAAAAAAAGAUAAUGGAUGA